ACUAACGCGCAGAGAUGACUCACAUAUGUUGGUUUGUUUGUUUUCUAUUGCCAAUUGCAAUGCACGGAGAGUAAUAACAGCAGAAAAAGUGCGGGGUAUAUUUGGUUGCAUAUUUAAUUGUUGCUUUUAAAAUUACAAUACCAAUAGCAGGAUGGCCGCAGACAGCAGAGAUGUUAAUCUUGAGAUGACUGAAGAGCAGCAGGCGGCUGGCGAUUCUCGCGGAGAAGUCCCUCCGACACCCAUAGCGGUCCCAACUGUCUCAGAAAAGGUGCCCGCAGAGAGUGUCGAUGGAAAGAAGGCCCGCGUGCCGCGGCGCAUCCUGCACUUCAGCGAUGGCACUAUGGAGGAAUACAGUACAGACGAGGACGAGCCCGACCAGCCGGCCCAGGACGCGCUUACGCACCUGCGCACGGAGAACCCAAAAUCGAUGGGCUGGCUACCAUGGGCAUGGUGGUGGUUCCGCUACGCCGGAUACCGCACGCUCGGCGGAGUGGACAAUAUGGGAGAGAAGCUGGCCUACAUGCUGGGCAUCACGUCACCAAAGUACCAGUACGAGCUCGACGAGUACUACGAAAUGAAGAAAAAGGAGGAGGAGGAGAAGGCGCAGCGGGACCUGGAGGAGGCCGGCUGGUCGCCGGGCACGGCGCUCACCAGCGAGCAGCCGGCCGGCCCCGGUCCGACCGCCUACUUGGUGGGCGGCGACGGCGCCGAGCCGGUGACGACGCCGCCGACGGCCGGACGACUGCCCGACCAGACGGCUGCCGGUGUGUCCGGCCAGCCGGUGGCCGCCACCACCACACCGUGAGGGGUGGAGCAGCGGGCGGCCGGCACCAGGUGUCUCCGGUCAGCCAGUAGCGGCCACCACUAGAUCGUGAGGGGCUGGGCGGGCGGCCGGCACCAGGUGUCUCCAGCCAGCCGGUGGCGGCCACCACACCAUGAGGCGGAGCCGAGCGGUGGGCCGGAGUGGCGGGCGGUACUCAGUGACACAGAGACACAGUGAGCGGUGUGAUGCGACCGGUUGCGGUGUGUGCUGUGCAGUGGAUAGAGUUGUGAGAUUCAUUCUGAUAGCGACAUCCGCAGGAUUGCGUGAUGAGCCGACAACAAACUGGUGCGUGGCCGCAAUCAGGACAGUUCCAACUACAGACCACCGUUCCCAAAUGGAGAAUCAAAUCAGUAUUUUAGUGGGCUGUACCAUACACAAAAGAAUCCGUGUAUUUUUGCUCUAUUUUCAUACCAAUGGACGAUUAAUCGGGAUCAAGCUUACCGCUCGCUAUGUGCGGGUAUCCUUUAUUGUUCAGUGAUUGCAUUCCCGCAUUAUCUUCAGUGUUAUUUGUUUAGAUUGAUCAUGACUUUACAAUAGGCAAGAGAUCCAAAAUCACGGCUUAACGAUGAAACGUGAAUCACCUUUCAAAAUCAAGCCAAUCGCUUAUGAUUCUUUGGCCAGCUCACGCAUACGCGUUCCAUAUUUCGAUUGACGAAUGACGUGUGUUUGCUUUGCGGUGUGGAUGUUCACAUAAAGUAGUUGGCGCCUCGUUUGAAGCCAAGCUUCUGCGUAUCGUCAGUGAUGAUACAGAGACUGGUUUGGUGAACGGUGAACACGUCUGUGUUUCUAGGACAGGCUAGUCCGCCCUUUCUAGUCAAAUCGCGCUCUUUCGUUGUGCUUUAUGGUGUGAAAUCAUGGUAUCUUGACUGGCUUGGUUGUGUAUUUAUAGGUAUAAUUCAAUGGUGUAUCCACGUAAGAUUUAUUUACCUCUAUAUUGGUGGUGAGUUGGUGACUAGAUAAUAGAUAUUUAGCUUCACUUCGAUGACGUGUAGUGUGUAGUGUAAUUCAGAUUGCAGUGUCAUUGUCAACUCCUAGAGUACCGAGAUCGUGGCGUGUAAUCAUAGAAGUGCUCUCAAUAAAAGCGGUUAAACUGCGAGACAAGUGA